AUGUCAAACUCAACAGAUGUGGCUGCUGCCACUGUCGUCGAGACUCGAGAACCGGGCAGUUAUAUCCUGACGGGAAAGCAAGAACACUAUCUGAAAAGAGAGCUUUUGAGUGCCCAGGUCCUCCAAGAAAUUACUGAACUUGCCCAUCCCACUGCAUUGCGCCGCUUCGGGGCUCCUUUCAAGUCGGAGUUUGGCGAGCUCGCUCCCGUUGAUUCGGACCUGCCCAUUUUACGAUUUAUCUUUGUUAAUCAUGUUCGCAAUUUUCCGUUCCUCGACCAGGCGAAUGAAAAAGAAUUCUGGCAAGAUCGUUUACAAGUGUUCCUCGAGUCGUUUGCCAACAAGAAUAUAUCUUCGUCCGAAGACCGCCUGGAAGAAACGAAACGGAGGAAACUAGCCAAGAAAUGUGAGAAACUGGUUGAGCUGAUGAUGGUGUCCGGAAUCCCUACGGCCUCGGGGUACGAGGAGCGUAUCCGGUUCUCGGAAAUGGAAGUCGUCGACCGCGGAGCCAAUGAACAAGGCCUGCUUGUGAAUAUGCCCGAUGGGCAAUCUAUAAAUGGCUGGGAUGUGAAUGUCGCCGCGGUCAGGACGACAUCUGUCAAGCGUACUGUGCGAUAUCACCAACACGCGGAGUUCAUUCUUCGUGUGCGCCGACCAGGGCAGCCGGAUGCCUAUGUUGGCCGAAGAUAUGGCGAGUUCACCAAACUGCAUAAGCGGUUACGGACUGAGAUACCGGGGAAAAUGCUUCCACCAUUACCAAGAAAGAACAAGCGCUCGACAACUGCUUCAUUCUUUGGCGGCACUGCUAGCGACGACGGCUCUUCUGUAUCGUCACUAUCGACUUCAAAUGGGACAGGCUUGGCCGAGGACGAACCUCCUGUCUCUAGACUUACGCUCGGCGUGACAGCAGUGUCGUCUCUUCACCGAUCAGCCUCAAAAUCAUCCAUGAGAUCCGGACCCCCUAUAUCACCUCGAUCCCCAGAAUUUCGCCAAAACAUCGUUUUGUACCGGGAAGAACAGCGUGUUUCAUUGAGGGCGUUUCUGCGAACCAUCCUACAGAACAAGAGAGUGGCCGAGUCAAAGGCGAUAGAAGAGUUUCUGACUGACGCUCCGGUGACUUUGAACGAAGAAGAAUUGAUUGACAUUCAACGGAGAAAGGAUGCAGACGCUACUCGCAUCGAGGAGCAGCAAAAGUUUUACGAGAUUGCCCGACAACGCGCCGCCGAGUUGGAUGUCUAUAUGGAAAAGUUCCGCCAGGGUAUUGUCGAAGACAAUGGCCUCACGAAAUUGUUUGCCGAGAUUCGGGAAAAGGACAAAAUAGAACAAUUGAGCCCAGAAUACCAAAAGUUCGCCGAGUGGUUGCGAAUAGAGGUGGCGGCCACUAUAUACCAUCUCUUUUUGGCCGAAGACAACUCUCCAGAGCUGUUUGCACAGGCCAAGAGAAUCCACUCUCUAGUCCCGUAUACUUUGAUGAAGAACGUCAUUCGCAUCGCCAAUCCCGCAGCUGUCAUGUCCGGUGUUCUUGAUCUCUUCCUCGCCCAGCCCUUCGGGUCUCGCUCCUUGCUCCAGCGCAUGUUCUCGAUGACACUAAGCGAAGGGAUCAAAUCGUUCCAAAAACCAAUUGACGCGCUUGUCUCCCAGAUUGACGACCAGAUCAUCUCGGAGAAACUAAAGACAUUCGUCAACGCGGAUGAAUCCGUCAAGACUAUUAUUCGUGAAGAGGCAGAGAAUGAUAGUGUCGACAUCGUGGUUGCAGUCCUUAGAUCGGAGCUCAUCGACCCGGAAAUGAGUUCGGAGCAGGUUGGGAAGAUUUUCAAUGCAUACGUUGCGUGGAACAAUGCUGUUGAAAACGUUGAUGAUGAGAUGAGACAAGGUGCCGAAUGGUUUGCAUACUUGAAGCAAGUGCUCAAACUCUAUACUCGUCAGCGUGACAAGGCCAUGAUGCUGAAUAUGAUUGAAGAGCCGGUUACUUUGAAACUCUUCCGCGACCUAUUCACCAUCUUUUACGAACCACUAGUGCGAGUUUACAAGUCGGCCAACGUGUACAACAGUAUUACCGACUUUGCCAAAUUCGCCGAUGACGCUAUUGCCGUCAUCGAAAAGGCCCAGCGGCAAGAUGUAUCAGCAGACCCCAACCAAACGGUCCAAGCAUUCAUUGACCUGUGUGCUCGCCACGAACACAAUUUCUACAAAUUCGUGCACGAGGUCCACAUCCACGACAACGGUCUUUUCGGCUCUCUCAUGUCUUGGAUCGAAAACAUCCUCGACUUCCUCCGCAAGGGGCCCAGUAGCGGCGGGAAACUCGACAUCAAUGCGCUAUUCCAGGGAGCAGUAGACACCAAACAGAUAGACAAGGAAGUAGGGAUCGAAGAAAUAAACGCUCUUGUCAAAUGGCAAGAAGACAGGAAAAAAUGGCACCACGACAAGACGCGGCAGAAGAUGGCUGCCGAGGGUACAGGGGAUGCUAUUCUUCCGGGAGGGGCAGCUUUCAAAACAAGUGACUUUGGCCUGGAUGAGGAAGACCUUGAAGACCUGGCGAUUGCAGACGAAGAGUCUGAUGAGGAAGACGAGAACACAGACGAUGAUGAACUCGACCCUAUCGCAGCAGAGCGUCGACGACGCGCGAGAAAGCAAGACCAUCUGCGGCGGUCUGCCGGUGAACCCGUCAAGCCGGACGUGAAGGAAGUAUACAAGUUGCAGGAAGCAUUUAGAAUGAUGCUUAGACAGGUGUUGGCUGAUUAG